AUGUACGUGGAAUUCAUGCGGCAAUAUUUGAACCUGCGACACAUGAGGCCUGCUCCGUCGUCAACUGAAUCGCAUCCGGGGGCUUGCUACCUGCCUCAUCACGGAGUAUUGCGUCCGGACAGCUCAUCAACCAAACUGAGGGUCGUCUUCAACGGCUCGAGCUCCUUGCCGAACGGAGACUCCCUCAAUAGAUAUUUAGCAACUGGUCCGAAUCUACUGCCUUCGCUCGCCGACAUCCUGCUGCGCUGGCGACGUCAUCGCUACGUUUUCGCGACUGACAUCGAAAAGAUGUAUAGGCAGAUACUGGUGCACCCCGACGAUCAAAACCUGCAAAGGAUAUUGUGGAGAGGGAACGCCAAGGACGAAAUCAAGGAGUACUGGCUAAGUACCGUUACUUACGGUCUAUCCUGUGCUCCUUAUCUAGCGAUCCGCACUUUACGACAACUAGCCGAGGAUGAAGGACAUCGCUACCCGAAAGGAGCCCUCAUCCUGCUGAGCGACGUCUACAUGGACGACAUCCUGGCCGGUGCGGAGACCAUGGAGGAAGCCGAAGUAAUGCUGCAACAGCUGACUGAGAUCUGCAGGGCGGGCGGCUUCUCACUUAAAAAGUGGUCGGCGAACCACUCGCCCUGCUGA